AUGCUGAAUGGAACUGCAAGCCUGCUCUGUGGAGGAGAAGAGUGGGCGAGGUGCAAUGAUUCAGCGCUGGAGUCCCAGACGCCCCCCUUGCUGGUGGACGCCUGGCUUGUCCCCUUGUUCUUCGCUCUCAUCAUGCUGGUGGGACUGGUAGGAAACUCGCUCGUCAUCUACGUGGUUACCACACACCAGCAGAUGAAGACCGUCACCAACUUCUACAUUGCCAAUCUGGCAACCACUGACAUUAUGUUCCUGGUGUGCUGCGUCCCCUUCACUGCCACUCUCUACCCACUGCCCAGUUGGGUGUUUGGAGAUUUCAUGUGCAGACUGGUCAACUACCUUCAACAGGUGACGGCACAGGCCACUUGCAUCACUCUGUCAGCCAUGAGUGUGGAUCGCUGCUAUGUGACGGUUUAUCCCCUUCAGUCUCUCCGCCAUCGAACCCCCCGCCUGGCCAUGGGUGUCAGCCUUGCCAUCUGGAUAGGGUCUUUUGGCCUGUCCGUGCCUGUGGCUGUGUACCAGAAAAUAGACUCAGGAUACUGGUAUGGUCCUCAGACCUACUGCACGGAGUCCUUUCCUUCUGCCCAUCACCAACGAGCCUUCAUCCUCUACACCUUCCUGGCUGUGUACCUCCUGCCCCUCGUCACCAUCUGUGUAUGCUACGCUUUCAUGUUGAAACGCAUGGGCCAGCCAGCCGUGGAGCCCACAGACAACAGCUAUCAGGUACAGUUGCUCACAGAGCGUUCUGAGGCAGUGAGGACCAAGAUCUCCAGGAUGGUGGUAGUGAUCGUGCUUCUCUUUACCAUCUGCUGGGGCCCCAUUCAGCUGUUCAUCCUGUACCAGGCCUUCCACCCUCGCCCCCACAGGAGCUACGCUCUCUACAAAAUCAAGAUCUGGGCUCACUGCAUGUCCUACUCCAACUCCUCCAUCAACCCUAUCGUCUAUGCCUUCAUGGGGGCCAACUUCAGAAAGUCCUUCAAAAAUGCCUUUCCUUUCAUCUUCAAAGCCAGGGUGGGCAGCGCAGCAGGGGUGACCUCCAACACAGAGAUGCACUUCCUUUCAUCAGGAGCUUGAAGCGACAGAAAGGCCAGGCUGCAGUACAAUAUACCAUAUUACACUGAAUAUACAGACACAGCACAACAACCUCACAGUGUCUGA